GUCCUCUCCGUUCGUCCUCAGUGCAGGAUAACACAGUUGUGUCGGUGUCUUCACCAAAGAAAGUGCUUCUGACUGGGUUUUAUAUUUAUUCAGCCUUCAUACACAUAUCCUGCAUCUUAAACGAUUUGUGAGGAAUCUACUGCUCUGUGUCUAUUUUUAAAAGGUCUUUUAACAGUCAUCAUCACUGACAAUUAUGGAUGUGAUAGUGCGUCGCUGCCCCUUCCUGGCUUGCAUGCCGCAGACUUUUUUCCAGCUGUCCAGAAAGUCCAUGGUGACGUACGCUCAGCGUUGUCCCAUCAUGAUGGAGCUGGCUUCAAAACCUAUGGCUCCUUCGAUGGCACGGGCCUUGUGCUCUUCAUCUUCUAAUCAGAAGACUGAGAUCAAGGCUGCAAAUGAAGAGUCUAAGCUGCCUACUGGUCAUCCUGCGCCAACUGCAGGCCAGACGGUGGCUUCCAAAUGCCCUUUUCUGGCUGCUGAGAUGAAGCAAAUGAACAGCGGCGUGGUCCGUCAAGUCACCGUGGAGUUCCAGGAGGAUGUUGAGGAAGUGCGCACUGUUCGGAAAGAGAUUUCACCUGCCCAGCUGAAGCAGCCAUCCUUGGCCAGGACUAGUAAGGUGGGAGAGCAAAGUAAUUUGAUGAAGAACCUCCUAAAGCAGCGUCCCAAAAGGGUCACCCACCUGCUGCAGGACAACUUGCUUGGCAGAAUGUCCCGCUUCCAGUACGAUGACUUUUUUGAGAAGAAGAUAGAAGAGAAGAAGAGUGACCACACAUACCGUGUGUUUAAGACCGUGAACCGCCUGGCCACCGAGUUUCCAAUGGCGGACGACUUCACAGGCUCGCUGGAGGAUAAACGGGAGGUUUCCGUUUGGUGCAGCAACGACUACCUGGGCAUGAGUCGACACCCUCGAGUCGUGCAGUCCAUCAUGUACACUUUACAAAAGCACGGGUCAGGGGCAGGGGGCACCAGAAACAUAUCUGGGACCAGCAAAUUCCAUGUGGAGCUGGAACAAGAGCUGGCCGACCUUCACAAUAAAGAUGCUGCUCUGCUCUUCACCUCCUGCUUUGUUGCUAACGACUCCACCCUUUUCACUCUCGCCAAGAUGCUUCCUGGUUGUGAGAUUUACUCUGACGCAGGCAACCACGCUUCAAUGAUCCAAGGCAUCCGGAACAGUGGCGCAAAGAAAUUUAUUUUCCGGCACAAUGACUUGGCUCACCUCAGGGAGCUGUUGGAGAAGGGAGACCCAACCAAACCCAAGAUUGUGGCGUUUGAGACUGUCCACUCCAUGGAUGGUGCCGUGUGUCCCCUGGAGGAGAUGUGCGACGUGGCCCAUGAGUUUGGUGCCAUCACCUUUGUCGACGAAGUUCACGCUGUGGGUCUGUACGGGGCCAGAGGAGGAGGGAUCGGAGACAGGGAUGGCGUAAUGCACAAGAUGGAUAUCAUUUCAGGAACUCUAGGCAAAGCUUUUGGGUGUGUUGGGGGCUACAUCGCCAGCAGCGCUGCCCUUGUGGACACUGUGCGCUCCUACGCAGCCGGUUUUAUCUUCACCACCUCCCUGCCCCCGAUGCUUUUGGCUGGAGCUCGGCAGUCGAUCCAGACCCUUAAAGGGGAAGAAGGUCGCAUGCUGAGGCGCAAACACCAGCGCAACGUGCAGCUUCUCAGACAGAUGCUGAUGGACGCAGGGCUCCCUGUCGUGCACUGCCCAAGCCACAUCAUCCCCGUUCGGGUGGCAGACGCUGAGAAAAACACAGAGGUGUGUGACAUCAUGAUGAAUCGCCACAACAUCUAUGUGCAGGCCAUCAACUACCCCACUGUUGCAAGAGGGGAGGAGCUCCUGCGCAUUGCCCCAACCCCUCACCACACCCCAGAGAUGAUGAAAUACUUUGUUGAGAGGCUGGUGCAGACAUGGAAGGAGGCGGGCCUCGGACUUAAACCCCACUCGUCAGCAGAGUGCACGUUCUGCCAGCAGCCGCUGCACUUCGAGCUGAUGAGCGAGCGGGAGAAGUCAUACUUCAGCGGUCUCAGCCACCCAAUCUCAGCAUGCGCAUAACACUACUAAUCACUGCUGGCUCAAAACGGCACAUAAACACUCAUUCCUCUGUCGCUGUCAUAGAAUGUAUUAAUUAUAUUUGAUAAGUCUUAUUAUAUGUAAUAUUUAAAAUACUCUAUCUUCAGAUGUUCUAAAAGCUUCAAAUAAAAUGUAAAAGGAAA